CCGAAAACAACGCUGCAAUUUCAAGUAAGCUAACAAUCUCCCGAUUUCGGGUAAAAUCUUGCCCAGUUUGGGGAAAAUGCUAUAGGAAACUUUGAAGAAAACCCAAAAAUGUAUCCAAAAUAGGGAGAUUGUGUGUGUUUGCUCAGAGAAACUCGGCCUAAAAAUAUCAUUGUUGGUUUUCAUUAAAUGAGUGUGAAAUUUGAGCUGGAUGAUUUUAGUGUUGUUCGUGCAUCUGACUUGAAACGUGUACAAUACGUAAAUUUCCUUAGGACAAUUAUGAUCCAAAAAACAAAGACCUGAUGAACGUUUAAGUAAUUUAAUCGAAAGGACGGGGAUUUGCAAAAGAUUUGCUUUGCCUCCAGGUCAUGUGUCUAAAAACUUAACUGAGGAAAAUAUCUCACGCUGUUCAAAAACAUCGAUACAACGUAAUCACUGGCAUAUGUAUGUGCAAAGAUUGGGAAACAACUCAUAACUGUAUUCACAAAUUAUUAUGUUGUGUUCAUUCAACUGAAGAGAUUAAACAUUCCAUCGAAAAUCUAUUCAACAAGUUUUUACUUUCGAAAUGUGAUAAUUCAAUUUAUGGAUUCUUCCAAAGGGAGUAUUUUACUUUUAUGGAAUUACAUCCAUAUAGACGAUAUUGCAUUAUACAAUUUAUUCUUUUAUUAGAUCUAAAUUACAUUUCCGAACGUCUUUUAGUCAUUUUGUCCAAUAAUGAUCUGGAUCAUGUAAAUUGGUCUCAUAUCCUUCAAUUGAUAUCUGUUAUGAUUACAUGUAUUAAAGGAGGCGUGUCCACUAUUAAAUUUAUAAUACAUCAACUUCUAUUGUCAUUAUUCAAUUCAAAUAUGAAUUAUAUCAACAAUGAUAAUGUUGAUUUAGAUUGUUUACAUUUAUUAGAUGAUGUAUUUAUUCAUAAAAGUCAAUUGGAUGUUUUAACAUCAAAUAAACAUGAUAAACAAUUAUUGAUAGGAGUUUUAUUAAUUGCACGUCAAUUAUGCUCAGAAGAUAAUCGAUUGACUGGGAUAAAUUAUAAACAAUGGUGGAUGGAAACAUUUUGUAAUCCAUUACUAUCAACACAUAAUAAUAAUAAUAAUAAUAAUAAUAAUAAUAAUAAUAAUAAUAAUAAUAAUAAUAAUAAUAAUAAUAAUACACAGAAUGUACUUUCAUCACGUUGUGCUGUAGUUUAUUUUUGUGAUUUACUCAUUGAACUAUUACCUUGGGAAACCGAUCCAAAAUUUCUACAAAUUCAAGUCAACACUCGACCUAAUUGGUUUAAUCCUGUAAAAAGAUCAAUGAAUAAUAAUCGAAUCAAAAUUCAUACUGAUAAAAUUCGUGUAAAACCGACUGAAGUAAUUGUGUCAUUCAAUGAAGAUGAGUUAAUAAUCCCGAUUGAUUUGGAAUGUACAAAUAUGAUAACUGAUAGUAAUAAUCAUAAUCAUAAUACCUACAUAGAAUCUUGUAUAAAUCGAUGGAAUGAUUAUUGUGAAAUUGCACAAGGGCGGUUAGCUGAAUUAAGGGAACACUGUUGUGCAACAAAAAUGGUCAUAACGGAUAAAAAAAUCUCUGAUUGUUCAGAUGCUUAUACUACUCCAGGAUGGAGUGAUGUUCUAAAUUGGUUAAAUGAAAUCGCGACACAACGUACUGUUGAUUAUUGUAGUGGUGAUAUUUCUAAAUGUCGAUUACCGUCCGAAUGGAAUGAAGUAAAUCUGUUUCGUCCACGUUGGCUUCGAUCUACACUGAUUCCAGCUUUAUUAAAUGCACCUGAAAUAGAACAUUUAUCAGCCGAGUUAAAAUUUGCACGUGAACAAUUAUUACAGGGGAUACGGUCAGCUGGUUUAUCACAUUUAUUGAAUCAUACAGAAGAAAAAACCUCUACCACAAAGACGACUACAAAAGCAACAACAACAACAACGAAGAGGAAGAAAAAACGACCAACGUGUACUACAUAA